AUGGUUUGUGAAAUUCAUAAACUUGAGAUUAUUGCUCUAGAUCUUGACACAUCUGAAAAGGAUAGUUUUAAUACUUGUGCUGUGAUUGUUUGGCUGAGAAAAUAAAUAAUAUCAAAAUAUCAACUAUUGAAUAAGCAAUAGAUAGAAUAUCAUCUCUUAAAACGCAAAAAAAAAGAAAAUAAGAUAAAAAGAUUGAAAUGAUUAUGGAUUUCAAAAAUACUGUUUUGAAAAUAUUUUAGAAAAAAUUUAAAGUCAAAUAAUAGCCUAAAUUCAUUCGGUAUAAAGAGAAAAAUAAUCUUUAUUUGAAGGCAUUUAAAUCUAGCAGAAUUUUUAAGAUGAUGCCAAAUCAUUAUCUGAAUUUCUUUCAUCAGAGUUCCAAGACAAAUAAAUUUAAUUUUAAUGAGAUAGCUAAUUUAUUGAUGGAAUUUUUAAACAAUUUGAACUCUUAUUUAAUAACGCUUCAUAUUUUUAAACUAUCAACACAUUCAAGGAUGCUAAACAGAAGAUCAAUUAAAUAAGCCAAUAUGUUUAAAGUGAAUUAAUGGCCCAAAAAAAUAAAAAUAAUUAUGUAAAUUUUUUUAUUUAGAAAACUCCCAGUUUGAACAAAAUUUGCCUUGCACAUAAUAAGGAAAUUAUAUUGAUUGAUAUGGACAUAAAGAAAAAAAUUAGAUGAUAGAUUUGCGUGCGUUGAUUGCAUUAGUGAUUAUCCGCAUUGUUAAUAUAGAACGAUUGAAAAAGUAAAUCAGGAAUGGAAUUCUUCAAAAUAACAAUAAGAUCGAAACUUAAAUGAUUUGAAGUUAAUGAGGCAAGAUAAAUAAGAGAAAUUAAAUUAAUUAAUUGCUUUGAUUAGAAAAAUUAUAACUAAUAACUUAAUGAAAUCAGUGAAUAGAUAAUUACAUAAUUUUCAAUAACCAAAACAGUUGAUAUUUGUAAAUUCAAGUAAAUCUCUCUCCAAGGAUUAAGUAAUGAAGAAUUAGUUUCAAAUAUUAGUUAUUUAAUUCGGUACAAAAAAGAAAAGCAACCCUAGGAUUCAAAAAUUGAAUACGAAAAAUCAAAGGAUCUAUUGUUUUUAAAAGAGAUUGAAAACAAAUUGGAGCACUUAAAAUAACAUAAUUAAUUAGAAUUCUAAGCGUCAUUAAAUAUUUUACAAGAAGAUAAUGAAAUUCAAGGGAUUAAUUUAUAAUAUUAACAAAUUUUAGAGUCUACUAAAGGAAGUUAUGAAUAACUAAUUUAAAACAAGAAUUAGAAGAGCUCUUAAAUUCUUCUAAAUAAAUUUAUUGCUAACAGAGUUUAUUUAAUCAAACAAUUCAAAAAUUUUAAUAUCACCUAUUAAAAAGUAAUAAUAAUAAAAUGAAAUAAAUUCCUGGUUUUAUAAAUCUUACAUACUUUCAAAAAUUUUUCAAAAUUAUACUGAUAAAUUUCAAAAUGAUUUCAAUAAUUAAAAAAAUUUUGUGAUAUUGAAACAACUAACGCGCUUUGGAUAGAAUACGAUAAAUUAAAAUAAGAGAGUAAGAAGAUGA